AUGUUCAUUGAUGCAUGCAUGAAACGCCUAGAUGGAUCGCAACGUUUUCCCGGUGAUUUGAGGCCGCCGGAUCGAGCAAAAGAUUUCAUGUAUGGUAAUGAAUUAUUGUUUGAUAUUUACAGUACGACCGGCACAUGUCAACCACAAUGUCGAAAUGCUGUUCUAAAUGUUUAUCAGAAUAAACUUGGAAGAACAUUAUUAAAAUCUGACGCAUCAUGUAUACCAGGACGGGAAGAAUUAAAGACGUGUCAUUUCCUUCCUAUGGCUCCAAUUGUCCAUUGUAGUCUGGCUAAAUUAGCCUGUGAAGCUGAUCUACAGGUAAGGCAAUCGAUUAUCGAUUAG